UUGCCCCAGUCAGCAUUUGCUGCUGCUUCGUGUGUUUUCUCUCGUCUGCCUGCGUGAGAGGAAGUGUGCCUUUCCUGCCAGGGGAGGGUCCUGGAUUAACUCGGCUCUGUCUGCCUCGUACUAAACGCCCUGCUGAUAACAGAUAAGACAGGAUCAACUGUGGCUGCAUGGCUAACUGGGUCUGAAGGUUGUUGCAGUUAAUACUGUUGUCCUGCAUUGGAGAGGAGGGUUUGUUGUUCCUGAGAGGAGGAGUGAGGAAGGACGCCAACCACCAGACUUGGGUGUUUUGUCUGCUGAAAAUGAAAGUGCACAAGAGGCAGAGGAAAGAACCAGCGUCAGGUUUUAAUGGCCUGAUGGACAAGAUGUGCGUAGCUUAGCUCAGCAUGUCUAUUGGAGCGAGGCACCCUGAGGCCCAGACAGGAUUAGUACCCAGUGUCCAAGACUUCGACAGAAAACUUGCAGAAGCUGACGCUUACCUACAGAUUCUGAUUGACCAGUUAAAGCUAUUUGAUGACAAGAUCAAGGACUGCAAAGAAGAUGAAUCACGCAAAAAAAUAGAACAUUUGAAAGACACUACCUGUAGUAUGGUAGAGUCCAUCAAACACUGUAUUGUUCUGCUGCAAAUUGCCAAGGACCAAAGUAACGAACAGCAACACGCAAACGGACUAAGCACCAUCAACCCAGUGGAUGGGAUCUACCAGCCCCCUCUGGACACUCCAGUAGCCAACGCCACAAUGCCAACACAGACCACUCUACCCACAGAUUCUUCUCAGGUGUGUAAAUCGGACCAGCGACCCUCAACAUUACCUGUUGGUCCUGUUGUCACCGUGAUGGGCAGUCUGCAGACCCCAACCCCCAAUAGCACAGGGAGCGGCCCAUCAGGCCCCAACAGCGGCGUCACCUCCCCAGCCCACAUCCCCCUCCCCUCGCACUCAGUUCCAGACUUCUCGUAUUCGUCCAGCGAGGAUGAAUUCUACGACGCAGACGAAUUCUACCAGAGCACCACCUCCCCCAAACACUGCAUGAAUGCCUCAGGGCCUCCGGCUGCCUUGCCCCUCAAUGAUCAAGAAACAACGUUGAAAAGACCGGACACAACAGAGUCCCUUAACUCAUCCAUGUCCAAUGGCACCACGGAUGCAGAUGCAUUUGAUACCCAUGACGAUCGUGAUGACGAAGGCGAGGGGGAGUCUGUGGAGGAGCACAAAAGUGUCAUCAUGCAUCUGCUCUCCCAAGUCCGUUUGGGCAUGGAUCUGACCAAGGUGGUGCUGCCUACUUUCAUUCUAGAAAGGAGAUCUUUGUUAGAAAUGUAUGCUGACUUCUUUGCACAUCCUGAUUUAUUUGUAAGUAUUGCAGAGCAGCCGGAGCCCCGUGAGCGCAUGGUCCAGGUGGUCAAAUGGUACCUCUCUGCCUUCCACGCGGGAAGGAAAGGCUCGGUGGCCAAGAAGCCUUAUAAUCCCAUACUGGGAGAGGUCUUUUUCUGCCACUGGGAUCUGCCUUGCCAGACUGAGGAGCCAGCCACACACAUGGAUAUGCAAUCAGAAGGUCCCGUUCCAUGGUCUUCAGCAAACAGUAUCAGUUUUGUGGCAGAGCAGGUCUCUCAUCACCCACCCAUUUCUGCAUUCUACGCAGAAUGUUCAAGUAAGAAGAUCCAGUUCAAUGCUCACAUCUGGACCAAGUCUAAGUUCCUGGGCAUGUCCAUAGGCGUUUAUAAUAUUGGCCAAGGCUGUGUGUCAUGUUUAGAGCACGAUGAACAUUACAUCCUCACCUUCCCUAACGGAUAUGGCAGGUCCAUUCUGACUGUGCCCUGGGUGGAGCUGGGUGGGGAGUGCAACAUCUCAUGCUCCAAAACGGGCUACAGUGCAAACAUCGUGUUCCACACCAAACCAUUCUACGGCGGCAAGAAGCACAGAAUCACAGCUGACAUUUUUGCACCGAAUGAUAAGAAGUCUUUCUGCUCUGUUGAAGGCGAAUGGAACGGAGUGAUGUAUGCCAAGUGGGCCACUGGAGAGAACACAACGUUCAUUGACACUAAGAGGAUGGGCAUCAUUAAGAAGAAAGUGAGGAAGCUGGAAGACCAGCUGACGUACGAGUCUCGAAGAUUGUGGAGAGAUGUGACGCUGAACCUGAAGCUCAAAGACAUCGACGCUGCAACAGAAGCCAAACACCGGCUGGAGGAGAAGCAGAGAGUGGAAGCCAGAGAGAGGAAGGAGAACGAGCAGCAGUGGGAGACCAGGCUGUUCCACGAGGACGGGGAAUGCUGGGUAUACGAUGAGCCGCUCUUAAAGAGACUUGCUUCUCCACGGCACUGAAUGGAGCAACACACAAUACAAACAAAUGCACACACACACGCACACAAACACACACAUUAAUAUAACACACACACUGCAGAGUCUUCAUAAGAACUCUUUUGCAAAAACCACUUAUUCUCCAAGCCUUUGACUGACUGCUGAUGGCUUUGUGUACACAGCUUUGCAUUCAACUGUAAAACAAUAGCAAUGAAUGAUAUUAAAUGGAAAGACCUAAAGCUCUACCAAGACGAUUUAAUAACUCCUUACAUGCGCGCGCCCCCUGGUGGCGAUUUUUGCCUGCGCGCUCCGGCUGCGAGGCCACUCCCUUCAUUGUUUUUUUGUAGGGUCGUGGAAUUGAACAAUAACCUUUUAGAAAUGUAAAACAGAGCUUGACAUCUCAGGGAAUCUGGUGACUGAAGAAAGCAAGCCACAGCCCCCCUGCAAAUGUCUGACAGCCUUAUUGUUAUUUUUAUGAUGGUGGAAUGGAUGAACCUUAACUGGGCGGGGAAGACAUUCCCUGCUUGCCUGCAACUAGUUAUAUAGCUUGUUUAUAUAUAAAUAUAGAUAUACAUAUGAGACGUAUAUAUUCUCUUUUUUAACUUUGUUUAUUUUUCUUUCUGGCAAUAGUGUAAAAUAUUUGAGCAUAAUGAAACGUCACAUCUUAAGGUACCCAUCCAAUGGUCAUAUUUGCUCCCAUCUCCAGUUUGCUAGUCAUUGUCUCUAGCGUGAUAAUACACAAUAAAGCCCCACAGAAGCCAUAUAGCAUCCAAUGGAAUAUAAUAUGCAAUCUAGUGGUCAUCAUCAAUGCUUUCGGAAAGAAGGCUUAAGGGACUUUGAUGCGCACACAGAACAAAGAAUCCUAUCAACGUAUUUUUUUCUGUUACCUGGAAGCAUUUAUGAACAAACGAUUGUUUGUGGGUUUUUUUGUUCUUCUUCCUGACCACUUGUCCAUGUUGAGGAUAUUGUUUUCUUCAUGUUGAAUUAAUCACCUUGCUUGGGGGAGGAGAAGGGUGCAAACGCCUCUGCUAUUUUUUUGUAGUGCUGCUAGUUUCCUUUCUGUAAGAGCCACUAUGAGGGUCUUCUACUACUACUACUCUUCACCUCAGCUUGUUUUUCCCCUUUUUUUUUCAAAAAGUUAUUCAUUCCUUUAUUUUACAGUGACAUAGACGUUGGCUCGAAGUGCAAUGGAUGAGAUACAAUAAACAAAUUUCACCUGAAUAUGCCCAAAAAAA